AUGGGAACCCUGGUGUGGCACAGGCAGAGAUACAGGAAAACUAAUCUGAAAAUGAGUAGCAACGAGUGCUUUAAGUGUGGUAGCUCUGGUCACUGGGCUCGGGAGUGCCCAACUGGAGGGGGUCGUGGAAGUGGUGGAAGAGGCAGAGGAAGAGCAGGUUUCCAGUUCAUUUCUUCAUCUCUGCCGGAUAUCUGUUAUCGAUGUGGGGAAUCUGGCCAUCUUGCCAAGGACUGUGAUCUUCAGGAGGAUGCAUGCUAUAAUUGUGGCCGUGGUGGGCAUAUUGCAAAGGAUUGCAAGGAACCAAGGAAGGAGAGAGAGCAAUGCUGAUACAACUGUCCCUUGCUCGGGACUGUGAUCAUGCUGAUGAGCAGAAGUGUUAUUCCUGUGGGGAGUUUGGUCACAUUCAGAAAGACUGCACCAAAGUGAAAUGGUACAGGUGUGGUGAAACUGGCCACGUAGCCAUCAAUUGCAG